AUCGAUCGCAUAGAGUGUGACUACAAAGGCAGAGGAGAGGAAAGGAGAGGAAAUGGAAAACCCUCUCUUGUCUUCAUCUCUAAUCCAGAAAGCAAUUAAUAAAUGAGUUAGGUACAGAAAAACCCUAAUUUUCUCAUUUCUAAUCCUCAAUUUUUCUCAAAUUUCUUAAAAUUUUAGGUUCAGAGAAAGCGUUUGAAUCAGGACAAGCUCUUUUCUUUAGGGGAUUUUGUUGAAUUCGGGUUGGUUGGUUGAUCGAUCGAUCCGAUUGGUGCUGCAUGAACAGGAAACGGUUGUUGAAAGAGGAUAUUAGGGUCGAGGAUAGAUAGAUUGAUAGGAAAGCGAGCGAGCGAGAGAGAGAGAAGGGAAGAAGAAGAAGAAGAAGAGAAGAGGAGAAAAAGAAACUAUGUCUGCCAUAGUGUGCGGGAAGAGAUCCUUUUUCGAAGAAUUGACAGUGACAAGCCCUCCCGUUUCCAAGAGAAUCCGCUGUUCCUCUUCCUCUCCUGUUCGUUUCUCUCCUCCAAGGUCAUACAACGGUGUUUCUGUCUCCUCCCCCUCUUCCAAUCUAUCUUCUUCGCUUUUGAUCGAGAAACUCGUUGCUCUUUUCCCUGAUAUGGACAAACAGAUUCUUGAGAGAGCACUCGAAGAAUGUGGCGAUGAUUUAGAUUCAGCUAUCAGAAGUUUGACUGAGCUCCGUUUAGGUUCUGCUGAUAACAACUUGGGCUCUAAUGUAGUUAGAUCUGAUGUUGUCCUUGAGUCUAAUGUUCAACAACAAGGCGUAUCAACAACUAAUACAAAAGCUUCACCAGCUGAUGACCCAUCAGCUCCUACAGAACUUCCAAUGGAUGGGGCAGAGUGGGUAGAGCUAUUUGUUAGGGAAAUGAUGAGUGCCUCCAACAUGGAUGAUGCUAGAGCUCGUGCUUCAAGAGCACUGGAAGUUCUGGAGAAGUCUAUCUGUGCUCGUGCUGGAGCAGAGGCAGCCAAAAGUUUUCAGCAGGAAAAUCUGAUGUUGAAGGAACAAGUACAAGCACUGAUUCAGGAAAAUGCAAUUCUCAAACGAGCUGUAUCUAUUCAGCAUGAGCGUCAAAAAGAGUUUGAAGAUAGGAGCCAGGAGUUGCAGCAUCUGAAGCAGUUGGUGUCCCAAUACCAGGAACAGUUGAGAGCCUUGGAGGUGAACAACUAUGCAUUGACGAUGCACCUGGAGCAAGCUCAGCAAAGCAGCUCAAUCCCGGGUCGUUUCCACCCAGACGUCUUCUAGCAAAAUCCCUCAUCUCUCAUUUAAUAGGAUAAGAAUCUAUUGCAUUGCUAGUAUUUGCAUUCAUAUGGUGCUCGACUGCAAACAUAGAUUUUUAUUUUCUCUUGUGCUGUGAACUAAUGGCAGACUGUAUUUGAAAGACCAAUUUAGGCUCUUUCAAAUACACUGUCAAGUUAUUGUCUGAAUUUAGUUUGAAAUGUGCUUUAUGUUCUCAAAAAUUGUAGGUUUCAUAUAUAUGCAAAGGUUAUGACAAUAAUUUUUAUGCAUUGAUUUAUAUCAAAUAUAAAAGGAAGAGGCACCUCAUGGUGUCUAGCUAUUCAAAUUCA